AUGCACGGACGGGCUUUGGACGGUGGCCAUCGCCGCAGUCCGGAGCAACGGAGCAAGCUGGAGCAACUUGGAGCAGCAGACGUGAAGGGAAGGCGUGGUGCAGGAGGAGCACUGGGAAAACAACGGCUGGCUGAUGGCAAGCUGUCAAGGGAAUGUGUUGUGAUUAGAUCAGCUGUCACCAGAAGCUCCUAUCCAGCACCAGCAGCACGGGCACCAGUGGUGGCAGGGAUACAUGCAGAAUCCACGUUCACUACAGUGGUUGCGGCUGCAGCAAUGUAA